AAAAAAAAAAAAAAUAAAUAAAUAAAUAAAAUAAAAUAAAAUAAAAAGUUUAUUAUAAAGCUUUUACAGUAUAAAUCAGAAUCAUGCCUUUCCAAAAUAAAGUAGUUUUGGAAAAAGAUAUUUAUGCCGGUAUUGUUACUAGUUUAAAUUUUCAUAGUAAUUCUAUUUUGGUUGUAGGGCAUGGUCCUUUUUUGAAAGUUUAUAAUGUUCAGACUGGUCACUUAUUAGCUUCAGAGUCCAUUUUGUCUGGGAAUCGAAUUCAUCGUAUUGUUUUUGCUCCUCAUGUUAUAUAUAAUGACAAUGGCGUUGAAGUACGAAGAUUGGCUGUAUUUGGAUCAAAACAUCUUGUCAUUCUUCAAGUCGAGAUUACAGAUUAUAAAGCUGUGAUAAAGAUUGAAAAAACCUUGCCACCAUUUAAGGACUGGAUUAUGGAUGCUCAAUGGAUAUUUGAUACCAAAACUAUUAACGAAACACAACCAACUAAAAUGGCCAUUGUUUAUGCUCAUAAUAACUUGGCAAUUUAUGACUUUAAAGAUGCAGAUCCAGAAUUACUUUAUGCAGUUCAAUGCGAGAUGCGAUGCAUUUUGUAUUCAGCGAGAAUUUAUGGAUUCACUCAAGAUGAUUUAAUAGUAGCCUCAGGUACGGUUUUUAAUGAAGUGCAUUUAUGGAAACCAUGUGUAAAGAAUGAGCAAGAUGAUGCUAUUGUUUAUAAAAAGUUGAUUGGACAUGAAGGAGUCAUUUUUGGUGUACGAUUUAAUGAUGAUGCGAGUCAAAUGGUUAGUGUGUCAGAUGACAGAACCAUUCGUAUUUGGCCACUUGAAGAUGAAACUAAACAACCCUUGGUCUUAUUUGGCCAUACAGCUCGAGUGUGGGAUUGUCAAUUUGUAGAUGAAUAUCUCGUGAGUAUUUCAGAAGAUACAACAUGUCGUGUAUGGAGAAAUACAUUAUUAGUAAAAUCAGAGGAAGACGAUGAUAAUAAUAAUGAUUGUAUUGCUUGUUGGGAAGGCCAUGCAAGUAAGAAUGUCUGGAGUUGCGCGGUUAAUCCUGAACACAAAAUUGUAGCAACUGGUGGACAAGACUCUGGUAUUCGUUUAUGGUCAUUAGCGUCUAUCAAAAAUAAUAAAAUUGACUCUGAAGACGAUUUAGUAGGAUUCCCAUUACCUGAGGCUAGGGGAAAAGAUACAAUUAGGAAUUUUGUAGUUAUUAAAAAUCGUUGGCUUAUUGCUGCUACAACAGACGGAUACAUUUUAAAAUGUGAUAAUAGGGUCUUACCACAUGAAUGGAAAGAAAUUCAGUAUGAUAUAUCCUAUAAGAACUAUGCUAUCAUGAGUAGUUCAGAAUGUGGUAGAGUUAUCGUUGUAGGUAAUAUUGUUGGGGAAUUGAUCAUAUUAAGUCCAACUGAUACAUUUGAGCCUGUUAAAAUUGCUGCUCAUAAACAAAAAUUAUUUGAAAUCUUUAUAAAGCCUUCUUCUUCGAAUCAAGAUAUUUUCUAUAUUAUUUCAAAUGGCUAUAAUGAAAGAGUUCUAUUUCACAAGUUAGAUUUAUCUACACCAGUUCCAAAUAUUCAAACAUUAUUUGACAUAGAAAUGCCAGUAGAGCGUACUACUGUGUUAUCUUUAGAUUAUGCUGAAGAAGAAAAUAUUUUGAUUUGUGGAUCCAGAGAGUCAGCACUUUUAAUUUAUCGUCUUCCUUAUUAUGCAGAUAUUUCUGAAAAUAGAGAAAUUCAAAAAGUCAAGCCAACACUACAAUUACGUAAAUCUCAUGGUAAACAAGCCAUUACUAGUGUCUUGAUCAAAAGGACAAAGGAGAAUGAUGAAAUUCCUGAAACAGAAAUGGAUAAUGAGGAUAUAGGAAUGGAUAGCAUUAUUUUUUGGACAACUGGACGUGAUGGCUGUUAUAUCCAGUAUAGACUUCGUCUUUUAAAUAAUCACGAUAAUAAGACACAUAUAGUGCCUGUAAAGACUACUCAGUUAGGUAUUGCAAGCCAAGGUGAUACGGUUAUAGUCGGCCAAGAUAUGACACUUGAAAAACUUUAUAGAAAUAGAAUCACCAAGGGUACAUUAGAAGGAUCGCUUUUACUUGAUGGUGAACUACUUUUGAUGGGAUUCUUCAGAAAAAAUUUCUUUGUAUUUAAUGAAAAGAAUAAUUAUACAAUGGUAGCUAUUAGCUGUGGUGGAGGACAUAGACGCUGGGGUUUCUCAACAGAGGAUGCAAAAUUGAAUAAGGCAGCGUUUGCCUUUAUCAGAAAGGAGACUCUUUAUGCUUAUUUCCGUGACACAUCUAGUAUUACAGAUGGGUUUAAGGACAGCAUUCUUCAAAAUAAUUAUCAUGCUCGUGAAGUACGUGCUAUUAAAUUUCUUCCCUUAUCUUUCAAGGGUGAAACCCAUCGUUCAGGUGAGGAACCUUUAUUAUUUGCUACAGGUGGUGAAGACACUAUUUUUAAAAUUCAACAAUAUAUGCCUGAACAAAUACCCCGAUUUUAUACGCAUGUCAAUAUUCGUAAGCAUACAACUGUCAUUAAAAAUAUUGAUUAUAGUUGUGGGAUUUCUUCACUCUUAUUUACAAGUGGUGGUCUAGAAGAGUUUAGAUGUUGGAAAAUUGAAGUCACUCCAGCCAAGUCAGCUGACGGACUUGUUGAUUUAAACUGUCUUGAAGUCUCUACCUGUCCAGCUUUAACAGAAGAGAUUGAGUCUAGAAUUAUGAGCACCACUGUAUUUGCUAUUGAUGCCAAGCGUGGUCUCCAUGUGAUUGGUGCGGUUUAUUCUGAUGCCAUGAUUCGUUUCUGGUUAUUCAAUGAACUAACAAGGAAGUUUUCCUUGGUUGCAGAUGGUACCUGGCAUGCUAAAUGUAUUCUGCAAAUUACACAUCUCAAGUUAGGAGAUCAUAUAUACUUUUUUACUUCAGCAACAGAUGGAAGAGUUGCUAUUUGGGACAUAAAUGAUAACUUAUACAAAGCUAUUGACAGUUUAGAUCAGCUUGAGGCUGAACCAACGAAAGCAGCUUUUAGAUUAGACGAACCUAUUUAUCAUUAUAGAGUGCAUAUGAACGGCGUUAAUGCAUUAGAAGCAGUGGCCUUUAAAGAUAAUCAUCAUAUUUUGGUUCUUACUGGUGGUGAAGACAAUGCAGUAUCAGCAUCUUUAAUGGAGGCUCAAAAUGGUGCUAUAGUUCCUAUUGGUCAACCGUUCAUUGUUGCUAGUGCACAUGCAUCAUCUGUGACAGGCAUUAAAUUUGUUGAUAAUGCUUUAUUCUCAACUUCUACAGAUCAAAGAUUAAAUAUGUGGAAAGUUAAUGAUCUUGAUGAAAAUGGUGUCUCUUUGACUAUGCAAAGUGCUAUUUUUAUUGAUGUUCCUGACCCAUCAACCUUAGAUGCUAUUGCCUUUAAUGGUUAUACUCAUGUUGCCAUCACUGGUGUUGGUUUACAAAGUAUAAAAUAUCCUCAACAAAACUAGUAUAUGUUAAACUUUGUUUCUUUUUUUUUUGUUUUUGUUUCCU